UAGGGCACACGAAAAAAAAUGUUAAAUACGCGAACCGCCUGAUCCGAUGUGCGCGAGAAAAAGAAUCGGGAAAGCCUUUAAAAAAGGUAACGCUUGACAAACCGCAACCAAUGCAUACCAAGUAAAUCUGUGGCAAAGCAGCAGCGCACCGCAGCGCCCACCCACCCCGCGACACACACCACACACAGUCAGAGACUCCGUCGAACAACGAGAUAGGGAGCGCCACUCACACACCACAGCACACUCACGCCCACAGAGACAGGGGACAGAGCGAUGUCACACCUACCUGUGCCACUGUACGGCUUCGCAGCGUUUUUCAUGAUUUUCUGGUUUGGCACCUGGAUGGUCCAUCUGAUAGCCAUUUGCUACGGGAAGUACAAGCUGCACAAGAAGUCGUGCAAGUUGCCGCCAGAGUCGUCGCCACUUCCAGGAGUCUCUAUCCUCAAGCCGCUGAUGGGCGUGGACCCGAACCUGCAGCACAACCUGGAGACCUUCUUCACGAUGGACUAUCCAGUGUACGAGCUGCUCUUCUGUGUGGAGAACAAGGACGAUCCGGCCAUAAAGCUGGUCGAGGGGCUGCUGGAAAAGUAUCCCCGGAUAGAUGCCCGGCUCUUUGUGGGCGGCUCUGAUGUGGGCGUGAAUCCGAAAAUCAACAACAUCCAUCCAGGGUACAUGGCGGCGAAGUACGAUUUCGUAAUGAUCUCCGACAGCGGCAUCAAAAUGAAGAACGACACGCUGCUGGACAUGGUGCAGAACAUGUCGGAUAAGCACGCACUGGUCCAUCAGAUGCCAUUUACCUGCGACCGGGAGGGAUUUGCCGCCAUCUUCGAGAAGGUGUUCUUCGGCACCGUCCAGAGCAGGAUCUACCUAUCGGCCGAUGUUCUCGGCAUCAACUGCCACACGGGAAUGUCGUGUCUGCUGCGGAAAGCAGUCAUCGACCAGCUAGGCGGCCUGAGGGCGUUCGGCUGCUACCUUGCGGAGGACUUCUUCAUAGCCAAGGGCGUGACGAAGCUGGGAUGGAAAAUGAGAAUCUCCAAUCAGCCCGCACUGCAGAACAGCGGACUGUGCGACAUCGGCAGCUUCCAGGCCCGGCUCAUACGAUGGGCGAAGCUGCGCGUGGCCAUGGUGCCCACGACCAUCCUGCUGGAGCCACUCUCCGAGUGCAUGAUCCUGGGAGCCUUUGCGGCCUGGUCAGCCUCGGUUCUGUUCAACUGGGACCCCCUGGUGUUCUACAUGGUGCACAUACUCUGUUGGCUGCUGUCCGACUGGCUGCUGCUCUCCAUAGUCCAGCACGGAUCGAUGCCGUUCCACAAGUUCGAGUUCGUCAUUGGCUGGCUGUUCAGGGAGCUGACGGGGCCCUAUCUGUUCCUGCACGCACUCUGGGAUCCGGCGAUACGUUGGCGGACCCGCACCUUCAAGCUGCACUGGGGCGGCAUGGCCUACGAGUUGAACACACCCGCCGACUGUCCAACCGCACCGCUGCAGCCACAGCCGGCGCCGACGUUACCGACUGCGUCAGCGGUGGCGGAGGUCACGCCAGCCGCCACAUUCUGUACAGGAGCGAAGCACCGCCUGCUGGUGUCGUAGCAGCAACUAGUUAAGUUAAUUAUGUUGUACUUUUGAGUAACUCAGCGGACUGCAAACGUAGACGGAAGACGGAGCUGGUGACUGGUGACGUCUGGUAGUAGUAUUAUUAGCUAAACCCUUAGUCACUACGUAAGCAUAGACUUAAUGCUGUAAAAAGAACAGACUCCACUCUCAUGCAUAGGCAUAGGCAUAGCGUACACCCCCAUCCACACCCACACCCACACAUACAAUCCAAAUGUCCAGCUUUAAGGGAAUUUAGUUAACUGCUGCGUUUAUACCCACAGUCUUAGACAUGCAGCGUGGCAUGCCAGCGCGGAUUCGAUUAGAUUAGAGUCAGAGGCAUAGGCAUAGGCAUAGGCGUACGCAUUGAUUCGACUCGAUGACAGACAAACCGAGCGACGUCGCCUUGUGGUUCCCAGAUCACAGCAAUCUAGGGCCUUGCCGCCCAGCUUGUGGCACAGUUUGGUGGCUUCGCACAAACUGGUUAACGAUUCCUACUUCUUACGACAUAAGUUGUUGCUUUGUACAUACAUAUAUACAUAUAUUUAUGAAGGUAUAUAUAUAUAUUUGUAGCCAACAUUUACACCCCUAGUCUGUACGGACAUUUUGCGAUCGCGAAUAAUACUCGUUGCGAGCUCUAGUUGUUAGUUAGUUAGCAGACGUUUAUAAUUAUUAUUUCUGCUUCUGUUGUUGCUUUUCGUAUCGUAAUUAUUGAUUAUUUUGUACUGCUAAGCCCACCCUAGAUAUGAUUUAUUAUAGUUUGUAGACUUAUAGUCUUAUUAGUUGCGUUUUUGUUUUGUUUGUUUGCCGCAGCUUCUGUACAUAAAUAAGCUCCGAUAAAGAAUGCCAUUGAAUAAAUCAAAUUUACAUGAUCGUCCCCAUUCUAAGUACCAUUACUGUUGUGAUUGAUGUUUGCUCAUUGAUAUCAUUAUUUCGUUUUGAGGCUAAGCAUAAAUAGAUCAUUCUUAUCAGCGCACGAGCAUGACUCAGACAGUGUCAGGGCCCCCUAGCCUAAGGGCGCUGCU